GACAGUAUGAUGGAUAUGAAUCUUCAAAAGGAUGAUCUCACAGGAACAAUUAAGUUCAUACCUCCCCUGUACAAACAACGUUACCAAUUCAUUAAAGAUUUAGUGAUUAAAUACAAACCUAAGAAGGUUGCAGACUUGGGAUGUGCUGACUGUACAUUACUCUGGAUGCUGAAAUUCUGCCAAUGCAUUGAGGUGCUAGCUGGGCUAGAUAUCAGGGAGAAUGUGAUGAAGGAGAAAAUGCAUAGGUUGUCUCCCCUUCCUGCUGAUUAUCUGCAACCAAGUGAAAGAUCUCUAACUGUGACCCUGCAUCAUGGCUCAGUUGCUCAUAAAGAUCCUUGCAUGCUUGGUUUUGACUUGGUAUCGUGCAUUGAAUUAAUAGAGCACCUGGAAGCAGCAGAACUGGAAAAGUUUCCAGAAGUGGUAUUUGGUUUUAUGGCUCCAGCCAUGGUUGUAAUCAGCACUCCAAACUCAGAAUUUAACCCUUUGCUCCCAGGAGUGACACUGUUCAGACAUUCAGACCAUAAAUUUGAAUGGGACCGAGCACAAUUUCAAAGUUGGGCAGUAGCUGCAGCUACUAGCUAUGAUUAUACAGUGGAAUUUACUGGACUUGGGACCCCACCACCUGGAACUGAGGAUGUUGGGUUUUGUACCCAAAUAGGUGUGUUUGUGAGAAAAUAUCCAAAGAAUGGUGAAACUGUUAACUCUGAGAAACACACGGAACAUGCUUACAAAACUGUUUUCAAGGCAGUGUACCCAAGUCUUAAAGAUGAAAAGUACCUGCAGAAUGCAGUGGUCAGUGAAGUUCUUUUCAGAGCAGACAUCAUUAAAAGACGACUACUGGGCAAUUUCAAGUCUGAGUGGAAGGAGCAUAGUGAUGGCCUUGAGACAAAAUUCAAAUUCCAGCCAUUUAAAUAUUUCAUGAGGUGUUCAAAGAACCUUUCUCUAGCUGAAACUGAAAAACUUGCUGCUGAUAGAAGCAUGGAGCCAUUCAUUGAUGGAAACACAGUUUAUAUACCUCUGGCAAAAAUCUUUUCUAUUCCCAAAGUGAAUCAACUUUGUGGCACCUUUGAGAAGUUAAGCAAGCUUAUUGCUGGCAAAGUAGCACUGAGCAAUGAUGGUUCUGCUGUGAUAGUCACUAUCGAAUAUGAAAAUGAAGAACAAGAGAAUUAG